AUGCAGGAGCAGAGCAGAGUCCCCCCGCGGCGCCCCAUCUACUGCCGAGAAUCCAACUGGGAGAUGUUGGAGGACCAGCCCAGUCGGGUCUUCCCUUCGGACCUGGGACUCCCACCGCUGCUGGACCUGCGGGACGUGGACUGGCUGGACUGGGCCAAGAAGAGGCUGGCUUCGUGGUCAUGGGGGGGGCAGCAUCUGGCUCUGGACUCCGGGGACAAGAGAGAACUGAGAGAGCUCCGAGGGGGAGAGAUGACGAAGGACGGAUACAUGCAGAUAUCAGGGAAGCACGAGGCGAAGCGAGACGAGCCCGGGGGAGUUUCUCGAAGCUUCACCAGAAAAUACAAGCUGCCUCUGGGCCUGGACCUCCAGCACAUCAGCUCGGCUCUGUCUCCUGAGGGCCUUCUGUCUGUGGAGGCCCCUGUGGAGGCCCCUGUGUCGGGCUCCAGCAGCAGGGAUGCAGACAUGGAGCUAGUGGUGCCGGUCCAGCUCAUCACUGACUGA